UAACGUUUCGGUAUUCUUCGUGUCGCUCUCGCAUAACAAUUGGCGCUGCAAUUCAACAAAUUGUUGAUUCAUUAUGCAAAUAUGUUGUGAUCCCCCUUUUCGCUUUCAUUUUAUUGUGCUUUUGCUGAAUGACCAAUGAAACAAUUUUAUUGAUUGAUUUGAGAUAAUUUAUUAAAGGAAGCAGCUUGCGGAUUAUAAAAUAAGUUGCAGCAUGAGUUCAGAAGUGAAGCUAUGUCGAAUUCGAUUUACGUUUAAUUGAAUGUUAAUUUUUAACUACACAUUGAUUCUAAGUUAAGUAACUCUUCAUCAAUUUUAAUAUCAAUAUAGGAUAUAUAAAAGUAAUCGAAUGCAAUGUCUUACGCCCAUUGUUACAAUGGUAAAGAAAAGUCUGAAUUGUACGCCAAACAUAGACCACCGUAUCCUGAUAUUGUAGCUGAGGCAAUCAUGAACUAUUUGCGUAGCAAAAAAAGCGAUGGCAAAAAUGGAAAGCUGAAGAAAAUGCUCGACGUAGGCUGCGGAGGAGGUCAAAGCAUCUACAUAUUUACACCUUACUUUGAGUCGAUAUUAGGAAUUGAUAUUAGUGAUUCUCAGAUAGAAUACGCAAACAAACACAAUUCAAACAAAAAUGUGGAAUUUCGUAUUGUACGUGAUAAUGUCUUUCCUGUCGGAGACAAUAGUGUGGAUCUUAUCAUAUGUGCUUCUGCAGUGCAUUGGCUGGAUCUGGCAACCUUUGAAACCGAAUGUCAUCGAGUUUUGAAGCCUGGUGGUUAUUGCGCGAUAUACGCAUACUGUCCCAGCUUUGUCAGAAAAAUAAAUGAACCUCAAAGCAAACGCGCCAGCAUUGUAGAAAUCGAAAAGCAAUACCAUCGCAACAUGGGAUCGCAGGAUCUUAUCUUAGAUGUAUUUGGUCAAUAUGACAUUAUUUAUGAUAGAUUGAAAUCCAACACCAAAGAAAGGAUUGAAGGUCUCGAGUUUGAAGUAGAAAAUACGUUAAUACAAUAUAAAAACCUUUUCAAAACAGUAGCAAAAUAUCUCGAAUAUUUAAAUCUCGGUUUGGGCGAGGAGAAUGCACCAAUACAAGCACUAGGAAGUCACGUAAAGAGAAUAUUGGACAUGAAUGACCUUCCUGAUGAUGAAGUUAAAUUUAUUUUAACGUACACAUACCCUACGAUAAUGUUCAGAAAGUAAAUUUGAUACAAGAAAAGAAAUAAAGAACUGAAUAAUGCAUAUUCAGAGAAAAUUUAUAAAUAGAUGACAUUUAAAAUACCAUGAUCAACUUUAUUCAAUCUGUUGGUUCUUUUUCAUUAUGUUCAAGGCAAAAUAUUUUUGGAAUAUAUAUAUAUAUAUAUAUAUAUAUAUAAUAUAAAUG